AAUCGAGGUCAUCUUCCUCCUAGCCCAACCCCACCGUUAAUGCCGUGCGCUGCCAUGGCAAAGUUCUUCACGGCUUAGCCGCUUAAUCCGAUGAUCAGCCCAGCCUUAAUCAAAGACGAAGUUUCGCGGAAGGUACCCUAGCCAAGGCUUGUGUGGGAUUCGGGUAUAAAAGGUGGAUGCACUUGUAAGGAGUGGAAUGGUUAUUGGACUAGGGUCUGGUCAGGCUUCUGGUAUGGCUAUACAAUAUUUGGGUCAGCAACUUUGUGAAGGUUAUUUAAAAGACAUAAUAGGGAUUGGUUUUGCAUUUGAUGACGUUGAUAUCAUAGAGGAAGGAACACUAAUUGCAGUCAUUGGGCACCAAAGAUUGCAAGGUGAGGAGUCCAUAAUCCAAGAGAAGGUUAGUCCACUAUUUCAAUGUCCUGUUUCUGUAGCUUUCUAAUGGAAGAUGAGAACCAUGACAUGAGAAUUUGUAAAAGACAAUGUGAGCUGUAUGAUACUUUGUGACAUUAUUAUACUGAAUUUAUAGAAUCAUAUGGUUUUUUCUUCUAGAGGUUUUGUUACCAUAGGCUGAGUUAAAUCAUUUUGCUUGCAAUCAAUACUAAAUGCAGCUGAUCAGCUUGUGUUCAUGGUCUCAGAAAAUCAAUAUAAAGGUGUUCUAGAU